GAGAGUAGGGGGUGGGACUGGGCUUAGUAGGAGACCUGGAGGCCGGGGCCGCCUCCGGACGUCCAUCUGCCGGCCUUACUCGCUCCAUCGAUUAGGAGGAGCGGCGGCGACCUUGGCCUCCAGCGUCUCCGGCGAACUGUAGUGGCUGCUGCGGCGGUCAGGAUGAUGUUGCUGGGUUUACUGCAGGCGGGCGGGUCGGUGCUGGGGCAGGCGAUGGAGCGGGUGACCGGCGGCAACCUCCUGUCCAUGCUGCUAAUCGCCUGCGCCUUCACGCUUGGGCUAGUCUACCUGUUCCGCCUCGCAGUCGGCCACCUGGCCCCCCUGCCCGCCGAGGCGAAAAGUCCACCAUACAUUUUCUCUCCAGUUCCAUUCCUUGGACAUGCCAUAGCAUUUGGGAAAAGUCCAAUUGAAUUCCUAGAAAAUGCAUAUGAGAAGUAUGGACCUGUAUUUAGUUUUACCAUGGUGGGCAAGACAUUUACUUACCUUCUGGGGAGUGAUGCUGCUGCACUGCUUUUUAAUAGUAAAAAUGAGGACCUGAAUGCGGAAGAUGUCUACAGUCGUCUGACAACACCUGUGUUUGGGAAGGGAGUUGCAUAUGAUGUGCCAAAUCCAGUUUUUUUGGAGCAGAAGAAAAUGUUAAAAAGUGGACUUAACAUAGCCCACUUUAGACAGCACGUUUCUAUAAUUGAGAAAGAAACAAAGGAGUACUUUCAGAGUUGGGGAGAAAGUGGAGAAAAAAAUUUGUUUGAAGCUCUUUCGGAGCUCAUAAUUUUAACAGCUAGCCAUUGUUUACAUGGAAAGGAAAUCAGAAGUCAACUCAAUGAGAAAGUGGCACAACUGUAUGCAGAUCUGGAUGGAGGUUUUAGCCACGCAGCCUGGCUACUGCCAGGCUGGCUCCCUUUGCCUAGUUUCAGACGCAGGGACAGAGCUCAUCGAGAGAUCAAGAAUAUUUUCUAUAAAGCAAUCCAGAAGCGCAGACAGUCAGAAGAAAAAAUUGAUGACAUUCUCCAAACUUUACUAGAUUCUACUUACAAGGAUGGGCGCCCUCUGACAGACGACGAAGUAGCAGGCAUGCUUAUUGGACUGCUGUUGGCAGGCCAGCACACGUCCUCAACUACUAGUGCCUGGAUGGGCUUCUUCUUGGCCAGAGACAAAACACUUCAAGAAAAAUGUUAUUUAGAACAGAAAACAGUCUGUGGAGAAGAUCUGCCUCCUUUAACUUAUGACCAGCUGAAGGAUCUAAAUUUACUUGAUCGCUGUAUAAAAGAAACAUUAAGACUUCGACCUCCUAUAAUGACCAUGAUGAGAAUGGCCAAAACUCCUCAGACCGUGGCAGGAUAUACCAUUCCUCCAGGACAUCAGGUGUGUGUCUCUCCCACUGUCAAUCAAAGACUUAAAGACUCAUGGAUAGAACGUCUGGACUUUAAUCCUGAUCGCUACUUACAGGACAAUCCAGCAUCAGGAGAGAAGUUUGCUUACGUGCCAUUUGGAGCUGGGCGUCAUCGUUGUAUUGGGGAGAAUUUUGCCUAUGUUCAAAUCAAGACAAUUUGGUCCACUAUGCUUCGUUUAUAUGAAUUUGAUCUCAUUGAUGGAUAUUUUCCCACUGUGAAUUAUACAACCAUGAUUCACACCCCUGAAAAUCCAGUUAUCCGAUACGAACGAAGAUCAAAAUGAAAAGGGCUGCAGGGAACUAACAAACAUGUAAAACAUCACUGUAAACUGCAAAAGCAUUUGAAGAGAAUGAAGUUUAUGAAACAA